UGUCAAAAUGUCAACAUCUUUAUAUCUUGUUGACCAAAAUAAUAGAUUUUUGCAAAUCAUAAUUUCAUGUAAUUGAUUCUUUUCUUUAUCGAUUAGUUUACAUAUCAACAUUUGUGCGGCCUCUUUUUACUCUAAUAAAUAGCAUCUUUUCAAAAAAGCAGUUCAUUUAAUUUUGUGGAAAUAUUUUGAACCACAAUUUCACUUUUUUGUCGAUAACGAGGAGAAUUCUACUUUGCAACAAUCUGUUUUCUGUUUGUUGGUGUUUUUUUUGCGUCGAAAGAUAGUAUGUUCAUUCCCCUGACGCGUUUUUUGGAAAGUUAAAAGCAAACAUUUUAUUGUCAAAUGUAAGGUUAACUGGAGAUACUUUAUCCAUAGGCUGUGAUACCAAAUUUUCUCGGCAGUACAAGAUUUUAUAUUUUUUCUGCCACGAGCUAAUUUACACUCCUAAUGCUCAGGAGUAAGUGAUGAUCUUUCAGAAUACGGUGAUGCGAAUAAAAAAUGAAUCCUGAAAAAUUAAGCGAAGGCUUAUUGACAGAAGAAUCAACAUCUCAAAUCGAAAAGCAAAAGCCGAUUGGCGUUGAAAUGGCAGAGAAAUAUACAAAUGGUGAAACGAAGGGUGACGAAAAUAUAUCAGUAAAAUCUCCAUUGAAGGAUAUCAAUGACUCAAAUGAAAAAGAAGUUUCGAAGAAUGAUUCUUUUGAUAAAAAUAAGGAUUCAAAGCAUAGUAGUAGCUUAGAACGAAAAGAGAGUAGUGUAGAAUCAAAAGAUAGUGAUUUCAAUGCAUCUGAGAAAAUCAAGACAAAAAGAGGAAAAUCAAAAGCACAAACAAAUGGAGAGAGUCGAAUCUCAAUGGAAAAAUCCGAGGAAAGUUCCGACGAGGAUUCGAGUAAACGGCAAAAGAUGAGUGAUACUCAUCCGGACUCGGAAAUAGGGGAAUGUUCAGGAUCAAAAAACGAUUCCUCUUUUCGCAAAUUGCAAUCUAGAUUCAAGAAACGUUACUAUCGAAGCAAAAGUUCAACAGGAGAGGAAGAAGCAGGCGAAGCUUCUUCUGCACAGACGUCUGACGUCAAUCUGGAAGGGAAUAAUUCAAAGAGCGAAAGUGAUGAUGAUUAUUCCCGCGACGGUGAUGAUCUUGAGGAAAGGAAUCAAACUACUCGAAAAGGAAGUACCAAUCCUCCAGAGCAAGAGAGCAGCCCAAGAAUAGAUGGACGAGGCGCAGACGAUUCGAACGAGUGGACGACUGCCAGCGAAGAAGAAAUGGAUAUCGCUGCUCCCGUUUUGGAAAAGGAGAAACCUAAGCCAAAAUGGUUCGUAGUGCACGAGCUAGUUAAUCGACAAAUGGGAAAUAAUCCGCAGUUCGCGUGCCGGUUUUACGGAUCGCUUCAGGCUGUACAACGAUUGGAACUUAUGCGCAAAUUGAAUGAACAUCAGGGAUGCGUGAAUGCGAUAAGUUUCAACCAAAAAGGAAACCUAUUAGCAAGUGCCUCUGACGAUUUGAACGUCAAUAUCUGGGACUGGGCUACGGGAAAACGACAGUUUUCCUUCGAAUCAGGCCACAGAAGUAAUGUCUUCCAGGUUAAAUGGUUACCCCUCGAUACUGAAAGUCUGAUGGUUACCUGUGCGCGAGACGGUCAAGUUCGACUUCUCGAGCUUCCUAUUGGAAAAUCUCGUAAAAUUGGAUCACAUCAAGGACCAAUUCACAAACUUGCGACCCACAGAGAGACGCCCCACGUUGUCCUUUCUUGUGGUGAAGACGGGAAAAUUCUUUCCAUUGAUAUUCGUGAAACUAGACCUAGAAAGUUGUUAGUCGUUAAGGAAGAGGUGCAGGAAGUCCAGUUGUACAGCAUUCACUCAAAUCCUUUAAACAGCAACGAAUUUUGCAUUGGUGGCCGGACACAGGCAGUUCGAGUUUAUGAUAGGAGAAAAAUCACAACACCUGUUCACAAACUCUGCCCUAGUCAUAUGACUGAGAAUAAGCAUGCACAUGUAACAAGUGCCGUCUAUAAUUAUAACGGAACGGAAAUUCUUGCAUCUUAUAAUGACGAAGAUAUUUACCUCUUUGACACAUUGUUUCCGCAUCCGGCUGGAGAUUUUGCGCAUCGGUAUCAGGGUCAUAGGAAUAAUGCAACUGUGAAGGGCGUCAACUUUUUUGGACCAAAGAGCGAAUAUGUUGUGUCUGGUUCAGACUGUGGUAAUAUUUUUAUCUGGGACAAGGAUACGGAAGCAAUCGUCCAAUGGAUGCCGGGAGACGAACAAGGAGUGGUCAAUUGUUUGGAGCCUCAUCCUUUCGUCCCGGUAUUGGCCACAAGUGGAUUGGAUUAUGAUGUAAAAGUUUGGGUGCCUUCAUGUGAAGAACCUCCAAUUAUGAAGGAUUUAGAUGUUUGUGUUAAGUCAAAUAUAAAGAAUAGACAGGAAGAAUUAGAUGAUGAACCGGAUGCUUUCGACGGGCAAAUGUUGUGGAUUCUCCUGAGACGUAUUCGUCAAUCCGAGAGAUUAAGAGCCUCUAAUAGAGCAGCGAGGAGGACGAGAUUUACAGAUCCAGAUCUUGCUGACGAUGAUAUGAAUGAAUCCGCGAGUGACAAUAAUUCUUCAAACAACAGCGAUAGUUACUCGGAUGACGACAACGAAGGAAGGCUGCAGUGUUCUCCGUCUUAAAAUAAGGUUUUCGUUAAAUCUUGAGGAGGAAAUAUUGAAUGAAAAAGCGACUUGAGAAGACACCAAAACUCGUGAUUUAGAUUAUUACAACCACUCAGAUCUGAAAUAUUCUGAAUACCUCAGUCUUGUGUAAAAUAUUUCCACUUAAAUUUUUUCACCGCAUAUUGUUCGGCAUUUUGAUAAAAUAUUUUUAUCACGGUAGGAAGAAAUAGCUGCAGAGUUACGCCAUCAGGUAUCUUAUUGUAUCUUAGAUUUAGAAUAGAUGGAACUGUAAAUAUUUGUGAUUGUUUGGUUACGCAUUCCAUAGACUUUUUUCACAAAUUCGCGAUUACAGAAACUUUAAUUGCAUUUUAUACAAAUAUAUGUAAUAUUCUAAUAGAGAAUUAAAUUUUUACGAAAUUUUAUUAAAAUUGCAGUUUAUUAAAAAAGUCUGAAAGCAAUUGAAACUAAAACACAGAAAACAUUUAAGUUGAUUUUUGAACAAUGAAUUUGUGAAACUCGUCUAUGCGAUUUAAAACAAAAUAUAGCUCUCGAGCUUAAAACGAAAAAAAAUUAGAUUCUAUAAUUUAGUUUUUAGCGCUCUUAACUGUUUCAAAGAGUUAUUUUCCUUAUUAUUUUACGACAGGACGGCACUUUAUCAAUAAGUUUUAGAAAUUAUUUCCUCGAGGAAUUUAAAUCCGAAUUCUAAAUUUCGCAAGAUUGAAAGAUUCGUUACUCAAAGCCUCAAAUUGUAUGCUAUGCAUCAAAGGUAUCAAGACUGAAUUACAGUGAGAUGAAUAAAUACAAGUGCAUAGCAUAAAUAAUUUAAACAGAAGGCGUCUAGAUAUUAUCCUACGAUCUAAAGAAAUGUAAUAAAGGGUUGUUUUCAUGGAAUAAUGAAAA